GCUGCUCAUCUACUUGGUACGGUCUGCCUGAGCCUCCGCCAGCCCUGACAGGCAGACAGUCAGCCUCAGUUGCACUCUCUGCCGGAGGAGUCCCUCGGCUGGACCGGACCACUCCCUGGAAAGGGGAUGGUAGGGAACCGCCGCCUCUGACCUGGCGCAGCGCGGGUUCCCGGGUGGUCCUGGGGCUCAAGGCGGACCCCUGAAGAGCUGCCGUCGGGAGGCGAUGUCUGACGCUCACAGCCAGAACAGGAGGCUACCCUCCGAGGCAGACAAUGGGCAGCGAGGGCUGGACUCAGAGCAGUUGCAGCAACAGCAGCUCAAGCUGCGUGAAAGGCAGAGAUUCUUUGAGGAGGUUUUCCAGCAUGAUGUCGAUUUCUUCUUCCCGGUAUCUCAUCUGCAGAUUGAACACAGGAGGCCUCCCCUUGGUAGCAUUUCCUCCAUGGAGGUGAACGUGGACAUGCUGGAGCAGAUGGACAUGAUGGACCUCUCUGACCAAGACACUGUGGAUGUGUUUCUCAGCUGCGGGACAGAGGACAACAACAACGUUGCCACUCUCCUUCCAGAUUCCAACCACUACCAGGAAGAAAUCUCUCUGCAAGUGCCCAACGCAACUGAGAUCAAAUCCCGGAUCUCGUCCACCUCUUCUGCCUCCACAGACCUGAACAGCCUGGACACCAGCGAUGAAGGGCCUGAGACACCCGUGGUGCAGUCUGAUGAAGAAGAGCUCCAGCAAGACAACCCUAAAGAGGAGGAGACCGGAAGUUAGUGUGUGGAGGAGGGUCUGCCUCUCUCCACGUAUACCCUGCGGCAUGGGGCUUUCCAGCAUGAGAUGAUGAAGGGACUUUACCGUCUGACUGGCUCUUGGACUCCCCCGGAAUAAACUCCACAGAGGUGCUUUAUGCCAGUCACUGUACUUGGAGAGCCCUUCCUCCUGGAAGAUGGUCAGUGGGUGGUCAGCAGAGGAGCCAAAGGGGAAUUGGGGUGAGGUGUGAGGGUGCUGUAGAACAUCAGAAACUAAUUCUCCAGGCUUUUUCUGCUAACGUUCCUGCUUCACUUCACCCUGAGUUACUUGUGGCAACAACCACAGUUAUUUCAGGCAAGGCCUUGGUGUACGCAGCAUUUGCUGUCUCCUUAAUCUCAGUACACACACACACUAAAUGUUUAACUAUAAAAUAGUAGAAAUUAUAUUCCUUUCAAAUAAA